AAUUCAUUAAUGAAGUAUGGCUUGUGUUGAACAAGAUAAGCUGGGUCAAGCGUUUGAAGAUGCUUUUGAGGUACUGAGGCAACAUUCAGCUGGAGAUCUGCAAUACCCCACAGAUUACAAAAAUUACUUGAGUCUCAUCAACCACUGUCCCCACGCCCAUGCCAGAGGAAAUUCCAGCUACUACAGUAUGCUGCCUACAGAGGAACCUGUCUACAGCUGGAGAACAGUAAUAAACAGUGCUUCGGACCUCUAUUUUGAAGGAAAUACCCAUCAGUCUCUGCAGAACAUCCCUGAAAACCAGCUGGUACAACCUCCUGUUCUCCAGCAAAAAGGAGUGAAAGGCAGGAAGAAGCUCCGACUGUUCGAAUACCUUUACGAAUCCCUGUGUAAUCCCAAGAUGGCAUGUUGUAUUCAGUGGGUAGAUAAAAGUAAAGGCAUCUUUCAGUUUAUAUCAAAAAACAAAGAAAAACUCGCCCAACUUUGGGGGAAAAGAAAAGGCAACCGGAAGACCAUGACGUACCAGAAAAUGGCCAGAGCACUGAGGAAUUAUGGAAGAACUGGGGAAAUCACCAAAAUCCGAAGAAAACUAACUUACCAGUUCAAUGAGGCCAUUCUCCAAAGACUCUCUCCACCUCAUCUGUUGGAAAAAGAGAUCUUUUACUCACAGUAUGUUCAACCUGACCAAGAAUAUCUAAGUUUAAGUAACUGGAAUGCAAAUUAUAAUUAUGCAUAUGCCAGUUAUCAUGAGCUAAGUUACCCUAAUUGUGAAAUGUAGUCUUACAUAUUAUGACUUCCUGACAUCAGAAAUGCCUGAACAGGCAAUACAGAUGAUGCAUGAUAGAAUUGUACACUUGAAACCUAAAUAAUUUUAUUAUUCAAUGUCAUCUGAAUAAAGUCAAUAAAAGUAAAAUUAAAUUAAAAAGAAAAAAAAA